AUGUUCUCGACAAUCAUUGGGUCCUUCGCUGCGCUCGGUACCAAGUCUUUCAUUCCGCUCGGCCUUGCUUCCUCGAAGCUUGUUUCAACCCCGACAACGAACGUCGUCUUACCUCCAUCCGCCACCUCCCUCUUCAUCCAGACUCCUUCCCUCCCCAGUCUGUUUGCCCUUUCAUUUGCCUUCCUCACAGCCAUCUGCAUUCCAGUCCUGGCUUUGAGAAGGUGUUGCAAUACAGUUUCUGUGUUUUGCUUAUUGUGGGUGGCCAUCGUUGCCACUGUGUUUGGGAGUGGCAUCUGGGCCUGCAUUUCGCCUCUAUCCGUGCUAGGAAAUGCCUUCCUCGUGGCUGAAUAUGCUGCCACUCGUGCCUGGCCGGCUGGUCUAAGCGGCUUUGUUUUCUUCUACGCCCAUAUUCUCCUUCAUGGUUUGGGCUAUGUUCGCAUGAUAGGGUUUGCGGUGCUGAGCCAUGCGUGCUGGCUGACGGCUGCUCCUCUACUCAUUCGUGGGUCAAGGAUCUUCCAAAAGAUCCAGCCUUCCUUGAUUCUUUUCAUUCUUGCGGCCCUGGUCUUGCCCGCGUUGUUUGAUGCCUCGUCGUACCGUCGCUUGAUGUGGCUGAUGUGUUAUGUGGAUAGUACACAGCCAAUCCGCAACAUUUCUACGAGUUUUGGGCGACUGGGUGUGUUCCAACCUUUCCCAAGCACAUGGACAACAAGUGAUAUUGCUAUGAUCACAGGCCCAGCCAGCCUUCACGCUUUAGUUCUUGCCAUCGCUUCUGCCUCGUAUGUUGUUACACAUAUUCCGGUCUUUGCCCUACGCAUUCUCUACAACUGGGAUGCGCUCAUCCUGAACAUCAUCAUCAGCCUACUCUAUCGUGGAUUCAUCUGGCUUCUGUGCUCUGUGACGCUCGUCCUCGUGUCUGUGGUAUACUCGAUGGAUCAUUCACUUAUGGCGUUUGGGCAGCGUCUGUUGCGUUUCGUUCUUUCUCAGUUCGCACUCGUGAAUCCCCCGCCUGAACUGCUCCAUGCAACCAGAGGGUUCCAAAUAUGGCAAACAGCCCAGUCUCUCGAGUUGGCAGCUGCGAAACAUGAGCUGUGGGUGGCCAUUGUUGAUCGAGCAGGCAUUGCCUGGGAUAUUUGGCACGCCCUCUGCUUCGCACAGCGACUGGUCAUUGUGGCGCCAGUCAUCGUUUUCUAUGCGAAAUAUCAUGUAAUUCCGCUUGUACGACGAAGCCGCGCUGUGAUAACCAGUGGCCCUCGUCAGCGAAGAUUGCUCCGCAUCCAGAUUCGGCAGGUUACCAAGCCGUUCCACGAACACGAUUAG